UGGAGGCGCGCGGCCGUGCGCGCUCACGUGCAGCGCGCUGCCAAAUACGCCGGAGGUGGGAGCAGUGCGAGAUUUACCAGCAUCGAACCGCGCGUGGUUCACCUCGGAGGGAGACGCACAUUGACACGCAAACAACGUGAGGACGAGCUGCUUUCAGGUCGACAGGAAGACGCUUUAGGCAGCCUGUGGCCUGUCAGACGGAUCCUGUGGUCAGUUCAGUAUAUCAAGAGAAAACGAGAAACACAAGUGCUGCAGCCGUGGUGGUGACGGGAUGCUUUUUGAUCUGCUAUGUUCGGAUGAUUCUGCGGAGGGCAUGAAGGGUCGUACCUGCGAGGCCGUCUGCGGGUAAUUGUGCUGAAAUAAGACCCCUCCGUCGCAGACUGGGGAAUAGAGGUUCAGUUCAGGAGGAUAUGCUGCAGUGACGUUUCAGAAGAAGCUGCAUUUACAGAGAUUGUAUCAGGCUGUCAGUGUGGAGUAAUGCUGGAGGCUGCAGUGUGCUGUGGGAAGUUGCUGAGAGGCAGAGUGGCAGGCACACACACACAGAGACACUUGUGCAGGAAAGCGGACUGACGCUCCCCCACCGAAGGAUACAAAACACAAGGCUCUCGCCUCCGCCUCUUUGCACGGGCGCGUCCGCUGUGGCUGCACCUCGGGGAUUUGGAGGAGGCGGGCGACCGGAGCCGGGAGGGGAGUGAUGGUGGUGUCGCGGCUGCCUCUGGAGUGGACCUGGCGGGCCGUCCUCCUGGUCACCGGACUGGCAUCCCUGAGCUGUGGGUCCGAGGCCAACAUGUUGGACACCAUGCUACUGAAGAACGGGUGGAAGGGGGGAUCGGAGCGGAAGGCAGCGGAGAGCAGCAGCGCCGCCCCGGUGUUGGCUCAGAACAUGCUUCGCUGUCACUGCUACCACCACUGCCCCGAGGACUCUGUCAACAAUACCUGCAUGACCGAUGGCUAUUGCUUCACCAUGGUGGAGGAGGAGGAGGAGGUGGGCGUAGCAGUGCUCACUGCAGGUUGCCUGGGUCUUGCCGGCUUCGAGUUCCAGUGCAGAGACACGUGGAAUGCUCGUUUGAGGAGAGCCGUCAAGUGUUGCACGGAUCAGGAUUAUUGCAACAGAGACUUGCAUCCGACUCUUCCUCCACUCGUGACAUCAGAUUACGUUGACAGCAGCAUCCAGUACAUGGCUCUCUUCAUUUCAAUCACAGUUUGCAGCAUCAUCCUUGGCCUCGUCCUGGUUUUCUGCUGCUUUAGAUAUAAGCGGCAGGAAUCCCGGCCGCGCUACAGUAUCGACCUGGAGCAGGAGGAGACCUACAUCCCCCCCGGAGAGUCCCUGAAGGACCUGAUGGAGCAUUCUCGCAGCAUCGGCUCUGGAUCGGGGUCAGGACUCCCUCUACUGGUGCAGCGAACAAUCGCCAAACAGAUUCAGAUGGUUAAGCAGAUUGGAAAAGGGCGAUACGGAGAGGUCUGGAUGGGCAAGUGGAGAGAGGAGAGAGUGGCUGUUAAGGUCUUCUUCACCACGGAAGAAGACAGCUGGUUCAGAGAGACUGAAAUAUAUCAGACCUUCCUGAUGAGACAUGAAAAUAUCCUGGGAUUCAUAGCGGCGGAUAUUAAAGGAACCGGCUCGUGGACUCAGCUCUACUUAAUCACAGACUACCACGAGAACGGCUCUUUGUACGACUACCUCAAGUCCAACACCUUAGACGUCAAGGCUCUGCUGAAACUGGCCUACUCCUCCAUAUCGGGCCUCUGCCACCUGCACACUGAGAUCUACGGCACACAGGGGAAACCAGCCAUCGCACACCGGGACCUGAAGAGUAAAAACAUCUUGGUAAAAAAGAACGGAUUCUGCUGUAUCGCGGACCUCGGACUGGCUGUCAAGUUUAACAGUGACACCGACGAGGUGGAUAUCCCUCCCAACCUACGCGUUGGUACGAAGCGCUAUAUGCCCCCUGAGGUGCUGGAGGAGACCCUGAACAAGACCCAGUCCUUCAUAAUGGCCGACAUGUACAGUUUUGGCCUCAUCGUUUGGGAGAUGGCCCGACGCUGCAUUUCAGGAGGCAUUGUGGAGGAGUAUCAGCUGCCCUACCAUGACCUCGUGCCCACGGAUCCAUCCUAUGAGGACAUGAGAGAAGUUGUCUGUAUUAAGAAACAAAGACCUUCAUUUGCUAACCGUUGGACGAGUGAUGAGUGCUUGCGGCAGAUGGGGAAACUGAUGUCCGAGUGUUGGGCUCACAACCCGACCUGUCGCCUCACCGCCCUCAGGGUGAAGAAGACUCUGGCCAAAAUGUUGGAGACCCAAGACAUCAAAUUGUGACAGAAUGUUGAGAGAGACGCUCUCGUCACCGGAGACCUGUCACUGCCGCUGGCACAGCGCCACUUACACUGGCUGAUGGAAAAAGGACGGUGAGAGAUAGGAGAAAGGAAGCCGAGCGAUAGAAAUGAUAGUGGACAGGGAGCCCGGAAAGAUGAGGCAAAAGAUUUAUUUUCUGCCAGGGCAGACGUGUGCGCUGCCUCGGCCUCCGAGCCAGUUCCCCGGGUUUUGCUUUCUGUGAAAGCUGAGUGGUCGUCAGGUCCAAUCCGCAGACAGGGACCGCGGCGGCGGCGGCAGAGGAGCGCUGGAACCCGAACGGCUUGCUCUCUAACCAGAGGAAGCCUCUGCUCCAGCCUUUUAAAGCCAUAUGUGCAGUCUUUUGUACUGUCACAGCUGUCUCACGUUUCUUUUGUGGUACUCGGUCACUGUCGUGACUGUCGUCCAUCAAAAGAAACGUCUAAUUCAUGAUCAGCGACCUCAUGUUCAGUUAUAUUAUUGAUGUUAUUGUUAUUAUAAUUAUUACAGAAAUAAAGUAAGACCAAAAUAAUGAGAAAACAUGUCCAGCAAAGCAGAGAUUUCGUAAUAAUGUUCAUGCACAUUUAGAUCAAUGUUAAUAAAACAAUCUUGGCACAAAAACACUUGAUGAAUUUGGGAAUUAUUAAUUUUCCUUCAGAACUCGCUCCCUCGUUGUCUAUCCCACUAACAAUUCAUUUGUAUAUAAUUUAGCUGACAUCUAUUGAUGGCAUGGCUGGAUGUUAAAAUGUAUAGUUGAUGAUUUAUCUGUGUCCAGAAUAUGUUCCACUCACUUUUACCACUGUGGCAUGUGCCUUAUUUAAUCUGUACAUAUGUGACUGAUGAGUGUAUGAGUGGAUCUGGAUAACAUUCCCAAAUAAAAUGGCUAUGCAUCUCAAUGGCUUGUCUAUUUAUGUCAAACAUAUAUACCGCAAUGCAAACAAAUGCUUGUGUUAUGUUCAGAAAAAGAUCUUUAGAUUUUUUUCUUA